AUGGGAAAGAAGAGAAAAUUAAAUAUUGGACAUCGUAGACCGGAAAACUCAAAUCAACAUGGUCAACCAAAUGAAAAUGAUGGGAUAAAAUCUUCCACAAGAAAUGCUGAAGAAACCCAAUCUAACCCAGGACAUGGAGAAGAGGUCAUACAUGGAUCUUUGGAGUCUAACUCCAUUCCUUCUGAUAUUGAAACUGAGGAAAUACAAGCUGAGAAAGAGUCGAAACGAGUAAGAGGUCCAACAAGAAUGUUAGAUGUUUGGGAUAUGCAAGUUGGUGAUUUUAUAAUAGUUAAUUUAGACAAAUAUGGUCGACCCGUUGGUGAAGAAGCAACAACUCAUACUCGUUUCAUAGGUAGUGUCGUUAGAAGACCUCAUUUUGCUCCCAUCAACUACAUUUCUUGGAAAAAGAUGCCAAAGGAGAACAUAGAUGACAUGUUGGAAGCAAUAGAGAGUAAAUUUGAGUUUGUUCCUCCAAUAAAUGACACAAUAAGAGAAAUGUUGAAAGCGGAGUUGAAUGAAAAGUGGAGGCAAUGGAAGAGUGAUAUAAAGUCACUAGCAUAUAAUCCUUCUAAAACAGAAGAAGAAAUUGCAUCCAAAUUGCCUGAUGAUAGAGUUGAACCAAGUCAAUAUCGUGAUUUAGUUCAUCAUUGGUUUUCAGAAUCAGGACAAAAAACAAGUGAGAUUAACCGAAGAAAUCGUGCCAAGUUUGAAGAUGUUCAUUGUAUGGGAACAAAAAGGCUUCCAAGAUUGAUUGACGAAAAGGAAGAACUAAAGAAACAUGAUGAGGCUGAAACAUCUCAAUCAACUCAAAACACACAAAGGCAUACAUCUUGGAAGGAAGACAUAUUCUCUAAAGUGCAAGGACUUGAUAAAAGGGGGCGUAUCCGCUGCAUGGGCAAGAUUCCAAAAUGUAAAAAAACAAAGGCUUCCUCAUCUGAAAAUGAAGAGCUACGUGAUCGAAUGAAGCAUAUGGAAAACGUGUUGGCAAAUGUGUUGACACUAAUUCAAAAUCGACUUCCUGGAGAAGAUCUUAAUGAGCUUGUGGAUGCUGCAAGACGGGUAACCUUUUUCCUUUUGCUGUUUGUGUUAUGA